AUGGAGAGGCUGUUCCUGCUGCUGCUCCCACUGCUGCUGCAAACUGUGCAGUGUCAGAAGACGGUCUCCUGGUGCACGGUGUCGGAGCCGGAGCAGGCCAAGUGCAAAGCCAUGUCCCAGGCCUUCUCCGAGGCCUCCAUCCGCCCCACGCUGCGCUGCGUCCAGGCCACCACUACGGAAGCCUGCGUGGUCAAACUCACGAACAAAGAAGUGGAUGCGUUUUCCAUGAACGCUCCAAACGUCUAUCACCACAGCCAGAAGAGCGCCUUCAAGAUGGCCGCCAGCGAGACCAAGAAAGACGGGACCGGGGCCGUGUAUUUUGCCGUUGCCGUGGUGAAGUCCUCUGGUCCUGGUCUGAGCCUGGACUCCCUGAGGGGCCACCGGAGCUGCCACACGGGGAAGGACCGGACCGCGGGCUGGACCAUGCCCCUGGGCUUCCUCACACACAGCGGGCGCAUGGCGGUGAUGGGCUGCGACUACGCCACAGGUCUGUCGGAGUUGUUCAACAGCAGCUGUGUCCCGGGGGCCUCGGGCAGUGACCCCCCCUCUCUGUGCGCUCUGUGCCGUGGAGACGCCGACGGCAAAUUCAAGUGUGAACUGAGCCAAAGAGAACGAUACUUCAGCUACAGCGGCGCCUUCAGGUGUCUGGUGGAAGACGCAGGAGAAGUGGCUUUUGUCAAACACACCACGGUGUCAGAACACACAGACGGAAACGGUCUGGACUGGGCCGCGGGGCUGAAGUCCGGAGACUACAAGCUGCUGUGUCCGGACGGUCGCACGGCGGCGGUCAGCGAGUGGAGGAGCUGCAAUCUAGCUCGAGUCCCCUUCAGGGGCGUGGUGGUGCGGCCCGGGAUCAGCCCCUCGGUGGUCUACAACCUGCUCCGCGAGGGGAAGGAGAAAUCUUCUUUUCCCAUGUUUUCUUCGGCGGCGUACGGAGGAGGCACUGUGCUGUUCUCCAACGAAACCGUCGACCUCAUCGGCCCGGACGCAGAGAACUCACAAGAGGAUCCGGUGGUGUGGAUGGGACGCUCCUACUACAACGCCAUGAAGGCCAUGGAAUGCACCCCCAAUGAUGAGCUCAGAUGGUGCGUGCUUUCUGGUAUGGAGCAGCAGAAAUGUGCCGACAUGGGAGCCGCGUUCAUGGCCAAGAAACUCAGCCCUCGACUCACCUGUUUGUACGGAGACUCACUGCAAGACUGCAUGCACAAGAUCAAGACCAAAGAGGCAGAUGCCAUCACUCUGGACGGAGGAGACAUCUACACAGCGGGGAAGGACUACGGACUGAAGCCAGCGGCCGGAGAGAGCUACACAGACGAUGACGACGGCUCCAUAUACUACGCGGUUGCCGUGGUGAAGAAGAGCAGCACAGACAUCCGUAACCUUGACGACCUGCGCGGGCGCCGCUCCUGCCACACGGGCUACGGCCGCACGGCGGGAUGGAACAUCCCUGUGUCUGCUCUGAUGGAGAGAGGCCUGGUCCCUGCAGACGCCUGCAGCGCCCCCAGAGCCGUGAGUGCGUUCUUCUCCAAGAGUUGUGUACCAGGGGCCUCUCCUCUGGGCCUGUCCAGCCUGUGUGCUCUGUGUGUGGGGGACGAGGCGGGACAGGGCGUCUGUGAGAAGGGGAAGGACCUGUACGACGGCUACGACGGGGCCUUCAGGUGUCUGGCCAAAGGAAACGGAGACGUGGCGUUUGUCAAACACACCACGGUUUUUCAAAACACAGAUGGGAACUCGGGCUCCUCGUGGGCCUCUGACCUGCGGUCCUCAGACUUCCAGUUGCUCUGUGGUCACGGUGGGAAAGCUGAGGUGUCCCAGUUUAGAUACUGUCACUUGGCCUGGGUCCCGUCCCACGCCGUCAUGGUCCGACCGGAAACCAGCGCGCACAACGUGUACGGCUUGAUGGACCAUGCUCAGAGACACUUUGGCAGCGACCUGAACCCCGGCUUCAAGAUGUUUGACUCAGGAUCCUACAACUCGUCCGACCUGGUGUUCAAAGACUCCACGGUGCGUUUGGUGGCGGUGGGAGACCGGAGCACCUACAGGGAGUGGCUGGGACAGGCCUACGUCGAGUCUCUGGAAGAUCUGCAGUGCAACCAGGCCAACGCAGCGCUCUCGUCUGUGUGGCUGCUGCUGAUGCCGCUGCUCACCGCCGCCUUCUCCUAA